CCUGUAGUGUUGCCUGUGGCGCAUGUUCACUCUGAACCUGGCGCCCUCACUCACGGAAAGUUCUCCUCGGGACGUUCCUACCCCUGUCAUGAACCAUUGAGCAAUAAAACGCCUGUAACCAAACCCAGGGUCUAAUCCGGCCAGGACAAUCGCUGGCAGAGGGCUACCCCUCCACCAAGCCGAAUCCCCGGACACCUUCCCUCCUAAACAGUGCUGCAUGUGGGAGGAGACCACGCACUGCUUCAUCAGCCGGUGAGGAAACUUAAAGCAGCGUUUUCCUUCUCGUAAAAAGCAACACCGAGGAGACCCCACCCACUGCUGAGUGUCAUCCUGAGUCUUAACAUGUGAAAGAGCAAAUCAGCGUGGACACAGGCUCGCGCACGGGGCUGUGGGACAGGCGAGAUAACACAUUCAAAAGAAACAUAGAGUUAAUAUAAGCUAAUAUAACCGUGUUGGUUGAUUCAUAAAGUUGCAAAACAAUUUCUCCCGUUGGGGUCGAUGCGGCGUAAAAGUGUAACCUGGUCAGAGUCGUGCGUAAAACUUUCUUUUCCCAUUUGGAGAUCAUGCGCAGCUUCUCUAAACUGUGCGUCCCAAGGGAGGUGCAGCCAACUUUCCCCGCAGAGGGGAGAGAUGCGGCCCUUCACGGGACCCUCUUGUUCCCAGCUAUAAUAUCCUCCAGAGGAUCAUCCCACUCCGAGCCGAUUUUUCACUCUUGUCCGGCGGAGCAGUCCUUGGUCUUAAGUCGGCCUCCCGACAUUCUGGAAAGCGCUGAGAUAGCAGAGGAUGAUCCCAAAAUUUAUUUGGAAUCAAGUGACCUUUGGGGACAGUUUCACAAAUGCGGCACAGAGAUGGUCAUCACAAAAUCCGGGAGGCGUAUGUUUCCUCCACUCAAGGCCAGGUGCGCGGGGAUGGACAGAAAGGCCAAGUACAUUCUGCUGAUGGACAUCGUGGCGGCUGAUGACUGUAGAUAUAAAUUUCAGAACUCGCGGUGGAUGGUGGCGGGGAAGGCGGACCCGGAGAUGCCCAAACGCAUGUACAUCCACCCGGACAGCCCGGCCACGGGCGAACAGUGGAUGUCUAAAGUGGUCAGCUUCAAUAAACUGAAACUGACCAACAACAUAUCCGACAAGCAUGGAUUUACAAUUCUGAACUCGAUGCACAAAUAUCAGCCUAGAUUUCAUGUAGUUAUGGCGAAUGACAUCCUUAAACUUCCAUACAGCACUUUUAGGACCUACGUGUUCGCUGAGACACAAUUUAUCGCAGUCACAGCCUACCAGAAUGACAAGAUCACGCAGCUGAAAAUAGACAACAAUCCUUUCGCGAAGGGAUUCCGCGACACGGGGAACGGAAGAAGAGAGAAAAGGAAACUUCAGCCGUCAAUGCAGAGGUCAAAAGAGAUGAAGGUGACUGAUGGGAAGAGUGAUCCCAUUAAAGAUUCUCCAUCAUAUUCAGACAUCACCAAGUCUUCAGAUGCCUUUGGAGGUGACAGCGACAAAGACAACAAUGCUGAGGAGCGUCCUGAACCAGAGGUGUAUAAAACCAACCAGAAAGCAGAAACCCGGCCAGCCGGGACUGGACAGGGUCCAGCUGAGGCCUCGGUCCCCGGACAAAACGGUGCGGUCAGCGCAGUAACUGGCUGCUGCUGGUCACCAGACUCAGACAAGGAACCAGCUCGCACGUUAUGCAGCAGUUUGCUGCACAGCUGUGUUUAUUCUCCGGAAUUAAACAAACAUCUGUGGGAUCUGAGCAUCUCCGGCAAUCUGUUCCGUUCGGCUCAGAUGAACACCUGGUUCGGCCGCAUGACCGAGGACGGAUCUGUGCCAUGUGGCCUGAGGCUGGCAGCGCCUGCGAGGACUCCACUUCCCAUCAGACUCCCACAGCACACACUGGUACAGGACCUGAUGAGCCUUUCACCCUAUGGAGGUUUUUUGUUUUAUCCUUGCUCUAACGUAUCUACAGCAUCGGCCCAAUACCUCAUCCCACCGGUUCAGUCCAGAGUGGAUUUCAAGGCUUGUCCGAGUGGCCACAGCUGUGACUUUCUCUGCUCUCCGGUGUUAUCGUCAUCUCUUCCUCCAGCCGGGGAAAGCAGCUUCAAAUGUCUUAACUCUGAACUGGUUACUCCAUCAAAGUCCAAGCAGAAGAUGACAGCAGAUGAGGCGAGAAUGGACUGCAGCGUGAAUGAGUCACCAGUGGGACAAAAGUACUGAUUUACGCUUCACCGUGUCCUUGUCUGCUGACACUAUUUUAAUAUGAGACUUUAAAGUCAUCUUGGUGUAGUCUCAUGCAUACACGUGCAGCAAAAGAGUCUUUUAUUUCAUCUUAAUGUAGUCUAGUCAAUAAAUGACAUAAUAAGUUGUGAUUUUCUUAAAAGCUGCCUGGUGCAUAAUGUAGAUGAUGAAGUAACGUCUGUUCAGACUUCC